AUGAGCCAACAACUGAUCGAAGAGGCCGCCCAUGUCUCGGGCCAGGCCAACACGCCCAUGACAGCUCCCGCCCACGCCCUCACCUACGAGCAAGUGGCCGAGCAGCUUAAUGCCAACCUCGAAGAUGGUUUGACCUCUGACGAGGCCAAGGGCCGUCUCGAACAAUACGGACGAAACGAGUUCGGCGCCGAAAAGGGCGUCCAACCCGUCAAGAUCUUUAUCGGGCAGAUCGCCAAUGCCUUGACUCUAGUUCUCAUUCUCGCCAUGGCUGCCUCGCUUGGCAUCCAGUCAUGGAUCGAGGGUGGUGUCGUCGCCGCUGUCAUCGUUCUCAACAUCGUCGUGGGUUUCCUCCAAGAGUUUCAGGCUGCCAAGACCAUGGACUCCCUGCGCUCUCUCAGCUCUCCUACUGCCCACGCUGUCCGAAACGGUAACAAUGAGGUUGUCGUGACUGCUGAGAUUGUGCCUGGAGACAUGGUCGAGCUCAAGACUGGAGACACCAUUCCUGCCGACAUUCGUCUUGUUGAGGCCAUCAACUUUGAGACCAACGAAGCACUUCUCACGGGAGAGUCCCUGCCUGUCCGCAAGGAGGUCAACACUACCUUCCCUGACGACACUGGCCCUGGUGAUCGCCUCAACGUUGCCUACAGCUCCUCGACUGUCACCAAGGGUCGUGCUCGCGGUGUUGUCUUUGCCACUGGAAUGUUCACUGAGAUUGGUCAAAUCGCUGCUGCUCUCCGUGGCAAGACUUCCAAGCGUCGACAGCCCAAGCGUGAUGCUGACGGCAACACCAACUUUGGUCGCUGGAUGCAGGCUUGGACUCUCACCUUCUCUGAUGCUGCUGGACGCUUCCUGGGCGUCAACGUUGGUACUCCUCUUCAGCGCAAGCUUUCUAAGCUGGCUAUUCUUCUCCUCGGAACAGCUAUUGUUUGUGCCAUCAUCGUCUUGGGAGCCAACGAGUUCAACACCAAGAAGGAGGUCAUCAUCUACGCUGUUGCCACUGGUCUUUCUAUGAUCCCGGCUUCUCUUAUUGUCGUCCUCACUAUCACAAUGGCUGCUGGAACCAAGCGAAUGGUUCAGAGGCAUGUCAUUGUUCGUAACCUCAAGUCUCUUGAGGCCCUUGGUGCUGUUACCAACAUUUGCUCUGACAAGACUGGUACCUUGACCCAGGGUACUAUGAUCGUCAAGAAGGCUUGGAUCCCUGGUCGUGGUACUUACUCCGUUGGAGCUACCAACGAGCCCUUCAACCCUACUCAGGGACAGCUUGGUCUGGUUGAGGCUGAGCCCAAGGACAUCAACUUCCAGAGCGAGGAUGCUGAGGGAACACCAAUUGAUCCCCAGGCCCUUGUCUCCCAGGAUGCUGGCCUCCAGGAGUACCUCAACGUUGCCUCUCUGGCCAACCUUGCAACAGUCCACCAGGUCGACGGUGAAUGGCACGCUCGAGGUGACCCCACUGAGUGCGCUAUCCAAGUGUUUGCUUCUCGUUUCAACUGGAACCGUGCCCGUCUGUCUAGUGGAGAGAAGGCUCGCUGGCAUGAGGUUGCUGAGUUCCCCUUCGACUCGGACGUGAAGAAGAUGUCUGUCAUUUUCAACGACAACGAAACUCAGAAGCAAUGGGUCUUCACCAAGGGUGCUGUCGAGCGUGUCUUGACCUCGUGCCCUGUCUAUGCCAUCGGAGACGAGACCAAGCCCCUCACUGACGCCGUCAAGGACGACAUCAUCAGCAACAUGGAGUCUCUUGCCCGACUUGGUCUCCGAGUGCUUGCCCUGGCCAGCCGAACUGAUAUCGAGCACGUCACCGACAACCAGGCCGAGCUUGAUCGCUCCAAGUUCGAGAGCGACCUGAUUUUCCGUGGACUAAUCGGUCUUUAUGAUCCUCCUCGCCCUGAAUCUGCCCCAUCUGUCGCCAAGUGUCAUCAAGCCGGUGUUAGCGUUCACAUGCUCACUGGUGACCACCCUGCUACCGCCCGAGCCAUUGCCCUGGAAGUUGGUAUCCUGCCCACCCGAAUGGCCGAGAUCCCUGAAGAUGUGGCCCGGUCUAUGGUUAUGGCUGCUUCCGAAUUUGACAAGCUGUCGGAUGAGGAGAUUGAUCAACUUCCUCUUCUGCCGCUCGUGGUUGCUCGCUGUGCUCCCCAAACCAAGGUUCGCAUGAUUGAGGCUCUUCACCGUCGCAAGGCCUUUGUUGCCAUGACCGGUGAUGGUGUCAACGACUCUCCUAGUCUGAAGCGUUCCGACGUUGGUAUUGCUAUGGGAUUGGCUGGAUCUGAUGUUGCCAAGGAAGCGUCCGAUAUUGUCUUGACUGAUGACAACUUUGCUUCUAUCCUCAACGCUGUUGAGGAAGGCCGUCGCAUGUUUGAUAACAUCCAGAAGUUCAUCCUUCACGUCCUGGCCGAGAACAUUGCUCAGGCUUGCACUCUUCUGAUUGGUCUGGCCUUCAAGGAUAAGAACGGACUGUCUGUGUUCCCCCUGGCCCCUGUUGAGAUUCUCUGGAUCAUUAUGAUCACCUCCGGCAUGCCUGACAUGGGUCUCGGAUUCGAGAUUGCGGCCCCGGAUAUCAUGCAGCGUCCUCCCCAGAACUUGAAGCAAGGUGUUUUCACCCCUGAGCUGCUGAUUGACAUGGUGGUCUAUGGCCUCUGGAUGUCUGCGCUCUGCUUGGCUUCGUUCGUCCUCGUCCUUUACGGAUUUGGCAAUGGUGCUGCCGACAUUGGAGAGAACUGCAACAACAAGUACAGCGAGGACUGCAGGGUCAUCUUCCGUGCUCGUUCCACCACCUUUGCAUGCCUCACCUGGUUCGCCCUCUUCCUGGCCUGGGAGAUGGUCAACAUGCGCCGGUCCUUCUUCCGAAUGAAGCCCAAGAGCAAGAAGUACUUUACUCAGUGGAUGCACGAUGUUUGGCGCAACCCCUUCCUCUUCUGGGCCAUCGUCGCCGGCUUUGUCACCAUGUUCCCCAUCAUCUAUAUCCCUGGACUCAACACUGUCGUCUUCAAGCACGCUCCCAUCUCUUGGGAGUGGGGCAUCGUCUUCAUCGAGGCCAUCCUCUUCUUCCUGGGCAUUGAGUCUUGGAAGUGGGCCAAGCGUAUCUACUUCCGCCGCCAGGCUCGCAAGUCGACUGGCGGUGUCGAGGACUUGGAGACACGUGUGUUUGGCAAGUUCUACAACAUGGCCGGUGGAAGCCAGGACGAGGAAGCCGGAGCUGGAAACAGGGAGAAGACUGCGGCUUGA